AUCGCGCUGUUUCGCUGAAACUUUUCAGACCACCAGUACGCUCCGGCAGGCAGCCGCGGUUGGCGAGCAGAACUGUUCGAAACGUUGGACCGAAAGGUUUACCGAUUGCAACUGGCGCUGGCGGGAUCUUUGGCUGAGAAGCGUGGGCUAAACAGCUGAGAGUUGAGAGCCGAGUUGAAGAUAGCAAUUCUUACGCAGACAGAGUGUUGUUCGCUGGGCGAGCUUUUGGAAGGGUCUGUUAAAGUUUUGACCCCCUUUGGAGAGGUAGCGCUGCCGUAGAGCUUCACGUGGUUGCUUUAGUAAGCAGCGACCCCCCAUAACCACAGUGUGUUCGUGCUCGCGGUUUGAAUAGGCAGUGAACGAAAUGUACGUGUCGUGGAUCGGUUCCGUGCGCGGUUAGAGUGUACUUCUUCGUACUUCACGGCCUAAAACGAGCGGGCAAGUAGUUCGUAGCUCGCAAUGGAUAAGUCCAAAAAGCCGCCGGCUACGGCCGGCGGUGGUGGAACCGGAGCCACCGGUGCCGGAGCGGCCGCACCCGGAGCUCCGGGUGGUGCCGGCGGUGGUGGCCCAGGCAAGGGGCCGGGCGGUACGGCCGGCGGUGGUGGUGGCAAGGGACCGGGCGGCAAGGGCCCGCCGAAAGGAAAGCCCAGCGAUAGUGACGCACCGGGAGCCAGCGGUAAGGCGGAGGGUGAGCCGGGCAGUGCCAAGGAUGACGCCUCCGCCAACGGUGACAAAGCGAAGCCGGAUAAGGCCGACACUGAGCAGCCAUCGCAGCCGAAGCCUGGCAGUGCCGGGGCGACGGUCCGCGACGGUGCCCAGAAGGUUCUUAAUCUGGCGAUGAAAAGCGAAUGGGCUCCCGUUGAAGCUGUGCUGAAAGGCUUGGAAAAGGCGGUCGCCGCCGGCGGGGACGACUCCAAUCAAACCCCGCUCGCCGGGGUGCUCGAUCCGGCCACCGGCAUGACGCCGCUGAUGUUCGCCGUCAAGGAUAAUCGGACGCCCAUCCUGGACCGGAUGAUCGAGCUCGGGUCAGACGUCGGCGCCCGGAACAAUGACAAUUACAAUGUGAUACAUAUUGCUUCCAUGUACUCUAGAGAGGAUGUAGUUAAAUUACUUUUACAAAAGCGUGGAGUAGACCCAUACUCAACUGGUGGGUCACGGCAGCAAACGGCCGUACAUUUGGUAGCUAGCCGACAGACCGGAACGGCGACGGCAAUUUUACGCGCGCUGCUAACGGCGGCCGGUAAGGACAUACGAACAAAGACUGAUGGUAAAGGCAAGAUCCCGCUCCUGCUCGCCGUCGAGGCGGGCAACCAGUCGAUGUGCCGGGAGCUGCUCUCGUCCCAGACGGCGGACCAGCUGAAGGCCACCACUACCAAUGGCGACACGGCACUGCAUUUGGCCGCGCGGCGGAAGGACGUCGAGAUGGCCCGCAUCCUCAUCGACUACGGUGCGAAUGUGGACGUGCAGAACGGCGAGGGCCAGACGGCGCUCCACAUUGCGGCGGCCGAGGGCGAUGAGGCGAUGGUGAAGUACUUCUACACCGUGCGAGCCUCGGCAGCGAUCACUGAUUUUCAAGAUCGUACACCGAUGCAUCUGGCAGCUGAAAAUGGACAUGCGUCAAUCAUUGAAAUACUGGUCGACAAGUAUCGGGCCAGCAUCUACGAACGAACCAAGGACGGCAGCACACUGAUGCAUAUCGCCUCACUGAACGGUCAUGCCGAGUGUGCGACGACGUUGUUUCGCAAGGGUGUCUAUCUUCAUAUGCCAAACAAGGGAGGUGCACGGAGUAUCCACACCGCGGCCAAGUACGGCCACGUGGGUAUUAUCAGUACGCUGCUGAACAAGGGCGAAAAGGUGGACGUCCCAACGAAUGAUCACUACACUGCCUUACACAUUGCUGUUCAAUCGGCCAAACCGGCCGUGGUGGAGACGCUGCUCGGCUUCGGUGCCGAGGUGCACGUCCGCGGCGGCCGGUUACGGGAGACGCCGCUGCACAUAGCGGCCCGGGUGAAGGACGGCGACCGGUGCGCGCUGAUGCUGCUAAAGUCUGGCGCAGGUGCCAACAAAACGACCGACGACGGCCAAACGCCUGUCCACGUGGCGGCGAAGAACGGAAACGUGCUAACGCUCGACCUGCUGCUGGAAGACAAUGGCGAUCCGCUGAUCAAAUCCAAUGUUGGUGAAACGCCCCUUCAUCUCGGUGCACGCAACUGCCACCCGCAGAUAGUGAAGCAUCUGAUCGACUUUGUGCUGAUGAAGCACGGUAAGGAGGUGCUGCGGAACUAUCUCAACUUCACCAACGAGGACGGUGCGACGGCCCUCCACUACGCCUGCCAGGUCGUGAAGGAGGAGGUGAAGAAGCCGAACGGCGACCGGGACAUCGUGCGGAUGCUGCUGGAGAGCGGUGCGGACGUGGCGCUCAGCACCAAGUCGACGCAGGAAACGUGCUUCCAUGCGGUGGCCGUCGCCGGCAACAACGACGUGCUGACGGAGAUGAUCA